CCAAAGCUAUAGAGAAACCAAAAAAGCAACAAACAAACAAAAAAAAAACCCUGCACAGGCAGGACUUGGCUAUAGAACUGAACUUACUUGGCGUCUAUCCCACUCAAGGACUACAAAGACCAUCAUGCUUCGCGAGCGGAGUUGCGCGAAGCAGCCUUUAGUGCGUCACUUCCGCUGCGCAACCGGGUUCUGAGGCGGUAAACCGGUUCGUGUGGAGGGCGUGGAGUGUGGAUAACAUUGUCUUAGGAUCUCCAGAUUGGCGUCCAGAUCUUGGGGCCGGGUCUACACAGCCGGCUUUGUGUGGGAGGACACGUGUCCUCUGCUCCCACGGAGGGGUCUCACGGUCCUACUAGGACCUCCCGCCCCGCGGAGUCCCACCUCCGGGAUGCUCUGCGGUCUAGCCAUCGUAUGAGCUCAUCUAAGAAGCUUUUCAUAUGAUCAGAUGAAGUCAAGAUAUGACCAUCUGGACUUCUAUCAGGGCCUCAGCUCCAGCUAUGUGGACGGCAGAUGAGAUUGCUCAGCUGUGCUACGCACACUACAGUGUCAAACUGCCCAAGCAGGGGAAACCUGAGCCAAACCGUGAAUGGACUUUGUUGGCAGCCGUCGUGAAGAUACAGUCUCCAGCUGGCCAAGCUUGUGGCACCACUGAUAAGGAGGUGCAAGUGACAAAGGAAGUUGUCUCAAUGGGAACAGGGACGAAAUGUAUAGGCCGGUCCAAAAUGAGGAAGAGCGGAGACAUCCUCAAUGACAGCCAUGCUGAGAUCAUAGCCAGAAGGAGUUUCCAGAGGGAACAAGAUCCCGUGUCACACAAAGAGGAAGGUGGGGAUGCCUCCAUCAUUCCAAUGCUUGAGUCUGAAGAACAACCUUGCUGUCCUGUCGUCAGAAAUUGGUCCAAUGACUCAUCUGUAGAGAGGAGUGAGAAUCUAGAGGAUUCCAAAAAUAAAAGGAAUUGUGAAGACCCUGACAAUCCUGUAGCCAAGAAGAUGAAGCUUGGAACUCCAGUAAGGGUGCUCUCCAGCUGCAUGGCUCACCAUGGGAUGCAGGAAAGUGGUAAAAUCAAACCAGAUGUCGGCAGCUCUAAUCUCACCAAGGAGGAACUCGACACUGCCGAUGGAAUAGCUCCAGGUAGUUUCAGAGUGGUGGAUGUGUAUAGAACAGGAGCCAAGUGUGUUCCCGGAGAAACUGGAGACUUGAGAGAGCCAGGUGCUGCCUACCACCAGGUGGGGCUGCUUCGAGUAAAGCCAGGCAGGGGAGACAGGACGUGCUCCAUGUCCUGCAGUGACAAGAUGGCAAGGUGGAACGUCCUCGGAUGCCAAGGCGCACUGCUGAUGCUCUUCCUGGAAAAGCCCAUCUACUUGUCCGCCGUGGUCAUUGGGAAGUGCCCAUACAGCCAGGAGGCCAUGAGGAGAGCCUUGACUGGCAGGUGUCAGGACAUCGUGGCUUUACCCAGAGGCUUUGGAGUUCCUGAACUGAGAAUAGAGCAGUCAAGUUUACUGUUUGAACAGAGCCGCUGUGCAGUGCAAGCGCAGAGAGCUGACGGACCAGGCCGGCUCGUUCCUUGUGGGGCAGCUAUCAGCUGGAGUGCUGUUCCUGAGCAUCCUUUAGAUGUGACUGCCAACGGUUUUCCACAGGGAACAACCAAGAAAGAAAUUGGAAGCCCUCGGGCCAGAUCCCGAAUCAGCAAGGUGGAACUCUUUAGAUCAUUCCAGAAGCUGCUGAGCAGCAUUGCAGAAGACAAGCGGCCAGACUCUGUCAGGGUGCAGAAGCUGGACAGCUAUCAGGAGUACAAGGAGGCUGCAGCUGCCUACCAAGAAGCCUGGAGUGCGCUCCGGAGGAAACAGCCCUUUGCAUCCUGGAUCAGAAACCCACCUGAAUACCACCAGUUUAAAUGAGCUCGUGCUGCCAUCAGGACCCUUCCUACUGACCUGCCCCUCUUCAUGCUGCGCAAACCUCUGCUUUUCCGGUGGUUAAGUCAGAGAAGAAAGAAACGCCUUCUCCCAGAGUGCUGCACCUCUUUGGUGUCAGUACAGCUGGAACCUGGAACCUCAUCAAUCUGUACUUGCUUGGAGUAGCUCCUUGCUAAAAUGGCCUCUCGCCGGGUGGUGAUUAUUAGGAAUAUUUCCUAACGUGAGCUCCCUGCCGGCAAAAUUCCCAAUCAAGCCAAAUCAAAACAAGCCAAAUUAAGAAAUAUCCAGGUUUAAUGGAAGUUCUGCGCUCUUGGGUGGCCCUUCGGGGAACCGGGAAGCCAGGGAAUGCGUCCUGGGGAGGAAAAAAAGGGAGACCACGUGUAUCUCUUUUGGGAACUCAUUUAAAUACCCUGGGAAGUGGUCCUGACCCCACCCCAGGGAGGGGUCAGAACCUGGCCUGCUGGGAUUUGGAGUCCAGACCAGGGCUGAGGCCUACACUCCCAACCUGACAGUGAUGGUUCAACCUUUAAUCCCAGCAUGUGGGAGGCAGAGGCAGGGGAAGCAGAUCCCAGUGAGUUUGAGGCCAUUCUGGUCUACAGAGCGAGUUCCAGGACUGGCUCCAAAGCUACAAAAAAACCUUGUCUCAAAAAACCAAUCAAUCAAUCAAUAAAUAAGCAAACCUCUCGGUAAUGACCUUGAUUGCAUUUAACUGGUUCUCUAAAACACAGCAUCAGUUUGGGACAUGGCGCUUUCUACGGUGACCUGCAGCAGCUCUGUUUUACACCAUCUUACACUGACUCAGCAACUGGACACUAGGCUGAAACUGUAUUAGAGUCCAGGAACUUUGCAGCUUCUGGAGUAGGGACCAUGUAGUUCAUAUUUCCAGCUUCCUCAGCAAUCAGACGUGGUUGAAGUUAAUUCUUCUAUCAGGCUUAACACGGGAGUAGCUUUGGAAAGGUCUGUUCUCAGACCUGUCGAGAAAGGUUUUUUGUUUGUUUCAGUGUUUGUUGUUUUUGAGACAGAGUCUCUCUCUGUAGCCUACACUAUCCUUGACUUUCAGUCCUGCACCAGCCUUCGAAUGCCAAGAUGAUACGCAGAAGCCACUAUCGGGACUAGUCCAAAGUAUUCUCAUUCUCUCCUUCCCUUCCUCUCUUCCUCUCCUGCCUUUUCUUCUUGAGACAGGAUCCCCUCCAUAGCCCAGGCUGACCUUAAACUCACUACCGCAGCCAAGGAUGACCUUAACUAUGAUCUUCCUGCCUCUGCCUCCAACUGUAACAGCAACUUUGCUUCCAGGAUUCUCCUCUGCUCCAUGUUGUGAGGGUCCCUAGAAUCCAUAACUGCAGCAGUCGCCGUCGUUUCCUACCGCAGGGAGACAGCCAGCUGAGAAUGAAGGACAUUGCUGUUUGGCGAAGUCCCAGCUUUUCGACAUUGCAGACCACACAUCUCCAGCACCUUUUUACUUUCAUUUUCAAUGAUUCUCACUCUUAAUGCCUUUCCCUUUGGGGAAUUUUGCAUGGGCUUUGGUAAAGGAUAAAAUGAGUACAAUGGUGACCUCUCUAAACAAAAUAAUCCU